GCUAAACACAUCAACAAUAGUUUAUGUUGCAUAAACUGCUCUACUGCAUACAUUUUAAGCAUCUUUUACGAACGAGGACAAAUAUAAUUGGUAGUGCAAAUAGAUUGAAAUCUCAACAUUACUUUUCUAUUUUAUUUUGUUCUUUCCUUCCUCCUUUAUCUUUCUUUAGCUGUUCUUCUUCUUUUUCUUUUUCUUUUGUUGUGACAACUACACCAACUGAUUAGUCCCUCCAUCUCCUAUUGUCUCCUUCAUAACACAAUCUACAAAAAAGUUGAAGCUGUCUCUUAGCAAAAAACAAAAAGUUGAAGCUGCCAUUUUUGACUUGAGGAAUCUUCAUUUUUCUUCCUCUACUUUGACUUCAAAUUCUUCUUCAUUCUAUAUUCUUUAACACCGUACCCUUUUCCAAAUCUUCAAGGUCUCUUUAUUCUUUUCCCGGGCUUUGGCUCUUGAAUGAUAUCAAACAAAGGCAGAUAUAUAUAUAUUGUGUGUGAGAGUGUUUAAGAGAGAGAGAAAGAGGUUAUGGCUAUAGACGUUUGUUGUUCAGAGGCUUCUGGUUCUGGAAUCAGUCCAAGAAUCUCAUUCUCCUACGAUCUAGACUCAACGGACGACGGUGAAGUCAGAUUAGACUCAACACUUCUAGAUUCAGGUUCGGAGUUCGAUUUUUGUUUUGGCUCAAGUUGUUCUGUUCAAGAAGUGUCUCCGGCUGAUGAACUCUUCUCCGAAGGCAAGAUUCUUCCCGUACAGAUCAAGAAAGAAGAAUCUUUACCCCAGACAGUAACAUUUCGGGUUCCAAGAUCAGCUUCUCUCUCAUCAUCAUCAUCUUCUUCCUCUUCCUCUUCUUCCUCAUCGAGAGCACCAGAAAAGAAGAUGAGACUUAAAGAGCUUCUAUUGAAUCCUGAAUCUGAUUUCGAAGACAAGCCAAGAGGAUUGUUCUUACAGUUCAAGAGAAGCAUAAGUCUUAACUACGACAAAAGCCGAAACAGCAAAGGGCUGAUCAGAUCGUUUCAUUUCCUCUCACGAAGCAACUCUACUCCAAACCCUAACCUUGACUUGCUUCCCAAGGAAACCCAUCACCCUCACAAGACUCACAAUCUACCUAAACACAAGCCUCCUUUAAGAAGAUCAUCUUCGCUCUCUUCUUCAUCAGUUCCUUUUUACUCGAAGAAGCCACUCGGAAGAAACAGUUUUGGAAACGGAAACGGUGGAGUUCGAGUCAGUCCGGUCCUGAAUUUCCCACCGCCGGCCUUUAUCUCAAACGUUGCCGACGGAUUUUUCAGCAUUGGAUCUCUCUGUAAUGGUAAGACAAACACAAAGACAAAAUUAUGAAAACAUCUUUUGUUUUUUUGUGGCCGGAGGGAAAAAAAAUUCAAACAGAAGAUGUCUACUUCUUUUUUUUUCUUACUGUUUGUAUAAUGAUGGAAUAUAAAUAUCGACAGCACAUGUGAAGAUUAGACAGCAUGUGGUUUUUGUCUGUAAUUUCAAAAACCAAAAAAAAAAAAACAAGAAUAAUUCACUAACUAGGCCGUAGCAGAAGAUCAAAGGAAUGCUUCGUUGAUUGGAUCUUUGUGAUAAGAUUAUAGCAGUUUGGAGUAGAGUUAUAGCAACCCCAAUGGUAAGGAUUUUUAAGGGUUAGUUACCAAAACAAUAUGUUUUAUUGGAUCUUAGUAUUAACAUGUGUAAAGAAAUUUACCAAAAAAAUAAGAUACGGUAUUUGUAAAGAAAAAUGGAUAGUUAUGAUGAUAAAUGA